GGUUGUAUUUGGACGCCUUGUAGGUUUCUAUUCCGGCACGCCCUCCGAGUUCUACACAUCCUUCUAGAUACUCCUCUUUAGCGGUGGUCAAUACAAACAACCGGUCUGCCCUUCGCUGGGUUCUAGACAUAAAUAGACGACUUCCAUCCUUGCUUGAAACUUUGCUUCAAUGCUUGCUCAACCUGUCUGCGUUCUAUUGACCCUAGCAGAAUCUACUGCAUCUUUAUACACUCAACUUUGCUAUUUAUUCCCCAUUUCCAAUCCCCCCACUAAAACAGGCUGGUAAAGAACGAUAUAUACCUUUCACUGCCGCUCACAACCAUGUCUGCCAAUAUCGAACCGCUAACCGACGCUCAGAAAGAGCACUUCAGAACAACGGGCUGGUUGAAGCUGAGCAACUGCUUCACAAAGGAACAAGCACAAUGGGUCACCAAGGACGUAUGGACUCGACUUGGUAUGGACCCCAACGACAAGUCAACCUGGAAGCAAGUGACAAACAUGCCCCACCACCGCACCUUUGACGCCUCCGAGUACGCGCCCAAGGCAUGGGCCGCCAUCUGCGAGCUGUGCGGCGGCGAGGACCGGGUGGCACCCGAGUCAAAGGAGUGGAGGGACUCUCUCAUUGUCAACCUGGGCAGCGAGGAGUACGAGGGCACGGAGCCCGACCCCAAGGAGCUGGGCAUCUGGCAUGUUGACGGUGACUUUUUCGUCCACUACCUCGACUCACCCGAGCAAGGCCUGCUCGUGAUCCCGCUCUUUACGGAUAUUGUCCCCGGUGGCGGCGGGACGUUCAUCUGUCCCGAGGCGAUGGCGGGAGUCGCGCGGCAUCUGUACGAGCACACUGACGGGGUCUCGCCGCGGAUGACACCGAGAGACGACCCCGACUUCUCAAAGGAGAAGAACCUCGACUGGUUCAACGGGCUCGCGCGGAGCUGCGGUGAUUUCGUCGAGGCUCACGGGGAGGUGGGGGAUGUGUAUCUCUUGCAUCCCUUGAUGCUCCACAGCGCGUCGAGGAACCCGCUGCGGCGGCUGCGUAUCAUCACGAACCCACCGGUAUUCCUGAACCAGCCUCACGUCUUUGACAGGGCGGAUGGGUCGUACAGUCUUGUGGAGCAGGCGACUCUGAGGAUGUUGGGUGCUGAGUCGCUGCCCGGGUGGAAGAUAACGGCGCCGCGGGAGCGGGUCGUCCCGGAGAGGCUCAAGGUACAGGAGCGGAUGAAGCAGGAAGAGAUUGAACGUCUUGCAGCCACCGCUUCUUAGAUUUGCGUAGAGUUGGCACCAUGGUAGUGCUUCUGGAUGAUAGCUAGGAGCCGAUAAGCGCCGUUGACGGAUGAACUCAUUUGAUAGAUGGUCUUGGCAGUCACAGCGAGUUGGGGGGCAGUCUCGGCUUUAAUAACAAUUGUUAGAAUCCAAUAGCAAAAAUGUCGCGAACAGAGCCUCAUGCAAAUGGUGGUAUCCUUCUGCCCCGACACUGCUGCACCUUGCAAGACAUGCAAUCAGUAAUCGGC